UUGGUAUAAUUAUUAAGUAAAUAUGCAAUCUCGUCUAUUUAUUAUAUUGGCAGUUUGUCUCAUCUUCGCUGCAGGAAGUUCACUUCCAGACCAGAAAGAAGAGAUAUCCUUUGAAACUGAUAUUUUCAAGACUUUUGGAAAUCUGAUCAAACUCACUAUGACAGGUAAAUUGGAUACUCAGAACUUUGACGUAAAUUCAUUGGAGGCUGUCAUGAACAUUGCUGAUAAAUCCUUCCCAAUUCUGAAAACUAUGGGGCUUACUGAAAGAUCCUUCAAAUUUACAGAGCAGUAUUGUUGGGGACAAGGUCUCUUUUCAGGAUGUUCAGGAUUCGAAUUCGAGUUCUUCCUUGGGUGGAGAAUCGGAAAUAAAACUACCAAAGAUUUUGAGUUCUUCAAUAUUACUAUUAUUCCAUACGUAAGAGGAGAAGGAAGACUAUUUACUAAUUUUGAAAGUUGGUUCACUAAAUUCUCGGCAGAUUUCGCUUCAAGAUUCAUCAACAUCCAGAUGCCAACAAGUAACCAAUGGAACUUCAAAGAUAAUGUUGAAUAUUGCUUUGAUGCCAACUCAUUCGUUGAAGAUCCUCUGGUAUUGCUUACUUUGGAGGCUACCGUAAAAUCAUGCGAGGCUGAUAUGACUCAUAAUUUCGCUCAUCCAGGAACAUUUGACUAUACCUGCUCUUAUGGUUCACCACUUGGCUUGACUUUGAUGAACAACACUGAAACUAUUGAUCAUCAAUAUGUCAACCUUGUACCCAGGAAGUGUAUUACUAUCGUUGACGGAUAG